UUAGCCAAAUAGGAACAUCCCUGAACAUCAAGCAGGAGCCAUCUCUCUUGGAAUGGAAGCUUUAAUGCUGCAGUGAAUAUUGGUUUUUUUUUGUUUUUCAAACCCUUGGCUUUUGACAGGAAUUCUCCACUCACCAGGGUUUACACCUAACCUUUUGGAGCAGGACUCCACUUUAAAAAGCAUUUGAAGAAAGAGCUCAUAGAAGACUGCACACUGAAUUUGUCUGGUUCCAUUCCAAAAUCAGUUGCUAAUUUGGGUCCGUCCAGGACUCUGGACAUCACAGGAGGUCCAGUGCUCUGGAAGUGUGAAGCUGGAUGUAUGAGACGACUUCAUGGGCCUUAGGGACCAUCUGGAGGAUGGGACGGGCCACAUCCUCAAUUUGGGACUGGAUCUGGACUACCUACACGUGGAAGGUGCUGAGCGGCCGGCGGGCUCCAGCUCAGUGGCUUCAGGUGCUGGAACUCCCGCCAGGCAGGGCACAGGGGGUCUUCUCAGUCACAGCAUCGUCAGUUUAAGCACAGAGUCCAGCUUCAGCAGCAGCAGCAGUUUCUCCAACUUCUCAGAGGAGAGCGCUGCAUCUGACAGUGAAGAUGAGCGUCUGCAGAAUUCUGGUGGCACCCAACCUUGUGGUGCAUCUGGAUCAGCCGGGCUGUCCUUGGAGCUGGCCGCCCCUUUGCCUGAAGAACAUCAACCAACGAUAACAUCAAUCACAGAGAGCCGCACCAAGGUUGAGUUUGCACUCAAACUGGGGUACUCUGAAGAGCUGGUGCUUCUGGUUCUGAAAAAACUGGGCCCUGACUCUCUCAUAAAUGACAUACUGGGAGAACUGGUCAAGCUGGGAACCAAGACGGAGACAGGGCACCAGAGGGGAGGAGAUGGGGGGAGCCCCCCACCGUCUUCUUGCUCUCCAGCUGCUUCAUCGAACGCUUCCUUCUCAACAACCUCCUCUGUGGACUCGGUUCCAUUGAUGCGUCCGACCCAGCGACCAGAGGACAAGGGGAACCUGCGACCGGUGGUGGUGGAUGGCAGCAAUGUUGCGAUGAGUCAUGGAAACAAAGAAGUCUUCUCGUGCCAAGGCAUCCAGCUGGCUGUUGACUGGUUCUUGGAUCGAGGUCACAGUGACAUCACUGUUUUCGUACCUGCGUGGAGAAAGGAACAGUCACGACCUGAUGCCUUGAUCACAGACCAGGAGAUCCUCCGGCGAAUGGAGAAGGAUAAGAUCUUGGUUUUCACGCCGUCUCGUCGUGUGCAAGGACGCCGUGUGGUCUGUUACGACGACCGCUUCAUCGUCAAGUUGGCCUAUGAGUCAGAUGGCAUCAUAGUGUCCAACGACAACUACCGCGAUCUGGCCAAUGAGAAGCCGGAGUGGAAGAAGUUUAUCGACGAGCGUCUGCUGAUGUACUCUUUCGUUAAUGACAAAUUCAUGCCACCUGACGACCCUCUUGGACGCCACGGUCCCAGUCUGGAGAACUUCUUACGAAAGAGGCCAGUCAUGCCGGAACACAGGAAGCAGCCAUGUCCUUAUGGUAAAAAGUGCACUUAUGGCCACAAGUGCAAGUUCUACCAUCCAGAACGAAGCAGUCAACCACAGCUCUCUGUAGCAGAUGAACUCCGUGCUAGUGCCAAAAUGUCUUCAGGAGCAUCCAAAGUCCAGCUUGAGCACAACUUUAUGGACAAGCAUCAAAUUACAGGUCAGGCAGUUUCGGAUGCUGAGCUCAGGUGGUCCACACCAAAGAAACAGCCGAGCCCUCGUGCUUCCUGUGACCAGCGGCCUCAUGCCCAACUCAAAUUGGACCCAUGUCCUAGAGGCAACUGCAGCUGGGAUAAAAGUUGGCAGCCGGCUCCAGGGGGACCUCCUUCCAGAGGAAGCAUGGAUGAGAUAGAGCCUUCCAGGAGACCAGACAGAGAGAAUAUUUGGCCACAGGGUCGAAAUCCAAAUGACUUGCUCACCAGAGGGGAGUCUCCAGACCUGGGCUACAGUUCCAUGGUGAAGUCCUACGCCAGCCUCAGUCUGCUGGCGCCCUCCAGUCCUGACCGCUUUCCGCCCGUUCUCCAUGCAAGAUCUCUGCCAUCAGACUGCAGCAGUGAGGGCAGUGCAAGUUCAGACUCCUUCUCCCCUGAUCCAGUAAUAGAUGAUGGCCACAGGUGCCACCACCACGGUCACCCUCUGCCUCAAUUGCACCACUGCCCCGGCAAACUGGGACGACCUUCCCCGCGGAUUCCUCCAGGAUUGGACCAGCGGGCUCCUCCUGGAUACCCACAUUCACAUUCAUCCCAAAGGCCUCAGGGCUUCGCCAUGGAAGACUCAUCUGCACCGCCAAGUCCCUUCAAACCGGUUUCGACCUAUACCCCACCACAUCACCAGCACUCUCUGCUGAGCAGUUUUCCAGACUUCCCACCGACCUCAGCUCGCUCUCAGAGCUUUCACAUGGGCCAAAGUCUUCAGGGAGGGAUGCAAAACUCCAGGGUGUAUCAGGGGUCCCCAUUGCUCUCUAGAAGGAAUUACUCUGUCCAGAACACACAGUACCAGUGGGACUAUCAGCCAACCUCUAAACCUCACACCGAACCAUUCGCUCUCUUCCCAGAUGAGCGGCCUUGGCACUCCCCUUGGGGUCCCCAACCUCAUUCCCCACCACGCCAUCUCCCAGCAACACCUCCCCACCAGCUCUCCUUUCCAACUCACAAACCUCACCCUUGUCUGCAACCAAGGCACCAAGAGUCCCCCUUGUUGGGUCGCUACCAGGACCUAAGGGAGAGGAUGUUUGUGAACUUGUGUGGCAUCUUCUCUCCAGAUGUGGUGAGGGUAGUGAUGAAUAGGAACCCCCACAUGAUGGAUGCUCAAGAGCUGGCUGCAGCCAUCUUGCGAGAGAGAUCUGAGCAUAACAGUUAUUAACUGGUGAAUGAAGACCAGUGGAUUUCACCUGCAGCUGCAAGGAUGGCUGAGCACAACCUGGCAAAAGCUAAAGCAGAUCGACAGAAUACAUCACUGUUCGGCAUCUGAUCUGUGUCUUUUUGGCAAGUCAUGGAAAUAAUUUAUUCUAGCUGCACUGAGAUGAGCUGCCGAGUGGCUCCUCAUACUUCCUGAUGUGAGCAUGGCAACUGAGUCAGGGGCCAGAUUUGUGAAUCUGCCUGUUGAGCACUUCAAGAAAGGGAGCAGGUGUGAGACUGGUGACCUGCAAUGCUCAAGCUGUGAGUGAGAUGGAUGAAAUGAUUUCCUGAAAUAUUUAUUUCUUUUAAGUUAUUUAUGUAAGUUAUUCUGUUUCUGCACUUUUUGUUGUGUGUUAUGUUUCAUGUUCUUUUUUUAUUUUUUUGGCAAUCAUAUCAGGGUAUGAAGGCAGCUCCAUGACCUCAGAGGGUGAAGUCAAUGGAGAGUUUAAGGAGGACAAUUUAUUUCUGAACAGCCGCAAUGUCAGACACGACAAGUCACUUCAAGUCCACUCCAUUAGCAUAUGGCCCGAGUCAAUUUCAAAACUACUUUUGUUAUGGGCGCUUCUCUGAACACACACUACCACUAUUCACACGAUCCCAUGAUGCACUGAAACAGUUGAAGCUCUACUACCCCUUAGUACCAUAAGAACCAAAGGCUGAAAUCAAACCUAUAUUCCUGAGUUUUAAUUAAUGUUAGUCAUGCGUGGUGCAAGACUUAGACUUAACACUAAAGCCCUCCAUGUGAUGGAGUUUGACUCCUUCCUUCACAGUAAGGGAAAUCCACUUAAUUUGACAGAUGACUCACACAUUAAAUCCCUCUCCAGAAUGUUUCUCUGGACAAAUAUUCAUCCUCUCAAACACUGAAGCCAGAAAUAUACUGUUGAUGUAUAUUGGAAAAUAAAACAGAUAAAGAAAUAAAACAGGAUUUAGAAAGUCCAAGAAUAAAAGAACAAUAAUUAUACCAUAACACUAUUUACAGAUUACCACAAAGAGUUCUAUUCAUUUUGCAGCAAAUUGAUUUGCGAUUCCUGUACAGUAAAAACAUUUAACUAUCUUCAGUCUUUUCCAGUUUAUAUCUCAACUCAAAUGGGCCACAUUUGUCCAUAAAUAUUCAGAGACUGGAGUUUGAUAAUGGCAAAAUUGAAUGGUAUUGAUAUGAUUUAAUGGUAAAUAAAAACAUGAAUUAAUAACUAAUAUAGUAAGAAUUUAAAUCUGUUGUUGAAGACGUCCCUUCCCCCUGUGGUGGGGAAAAAAAGUCCUGGAACUGUCUUCUAAUUCCUGUCUGGACUUCAGUGUUAUGUAACCAGCAAGCAGAAUAUCCAAAACUAGAGAGGCAUGCUUCCUUAUAUGCCCAUGUUCUCCCUACAGUUCUGAGCACUUGGAAAAGAUUCACCAACCCACAUUAUGAAGCAAGUCAACGAGUCACUUGAUCCUCUACUCCCCCAAAAAACUAAGGCACCAAAACUGGCCAGUAGUUUAUAUCCAGGUGCUGCGUCACAGCAGAAACUCACUAGAGACCAUUUAAUCUGCUUCUGUUUGCAUCACCCCAGCAGACGGACUCUCUGUGUUGAUACAAAUUGUAUCUUAAUAGGGUUUUUAAGAGAACAAUUUUUUGCUCCAUAAAAUAUUGUGAAUGUUAACCUUUCUUUAAUGAACAAGAUAUUUUUUUCUAAAAAGUAGAGCAGUGGACUAAAUCCCCAAAUUCUUCUCAGACCAAAACUCACGACGAGGAAAAACGUGAUUGUUCGCAAGUUCCAAAUCCCAAAGCUUUCCAGGUGAUGGCUUUAUUUCCUUCUAUGUUAACCUUGAACUUACUUGAAGAACCUUCGUGUUGAGGGCUGAACUGUAGUCCGGGUGCUGAAGUUUUUCCGAGAACCAAGCUGUAGCACCGUGUGCUAGUGAUGAUUUAAAGGGCCAAACCACAACUUUUACCUCGGGAGGUGUGCGUGAACUGUGGAGAGAGAAUCCACGAAAAACUAUUUUUCUACUGUUAAAGUGUGAUUUCAUAACGUGUAUGUGAUUGUAGCCAGUCAGUGUUGCUGCAGGAAGUGUUACUUGAAAACAUAUUUUGACUUUACUGUUGCAACACUGGAGUGAUUGUAUGCUGCAUAUGUGAAAGGAAAAUACAGUGCCAUUCAUGUGUCUGUGCAGUCAUGACAAAAACAAGAAUUAGUGCUAAAAAUGGAUUUUUACUAAA